ACAUCGGGUGGAGCAGAGCCACAUGCCAGGCAGAAGGACGGGACGGGCGUGAUGGACGUGUGCAUUUGGAAGGUCAAUUUUACGAUACAUGGAUGUUUGGAAAGACCUGCAGAUCUCCCUUAAUCCUGGCAUGUCCCAGAUGAGAGACUGCAGUAAUGACUGUCAUCACGUUUACUGUCUCUGUGCUGUGCCUGCUGCCACCGGCAGUUCUGGCCCGCUGGGCCUGUGUUCGGGCCUGCCCCCCAUCCUGCAGCUGCACCGCCGAGAAGAGCUGCAGCGUGCUCUGCGACCGCUCGGGCCUGGCCGAGCUGCCCAAAGAGUUUCCCUGUGAGGCUUCGGCCAUUAACCUGGAGAAGAACAGCCUGAAGUUCCUGUCUGAACGGGCCUUCGGAACCCUGCCCUCUCUGAAGAUGCUCACUCUGGACCACAACAACAUCUCCUUCAUCACUCCAGGAGCCUUCAAGGGUCUCUCCAACUUGGUGGAGCUAAAAAUGGCGCACAACGAGUACAUUAGCUACCUUCACACGCGGACGUUCACGGGGCUGAAGAAGCUGCUGCGGCUGGACGUGUCAGACUGCAACCUGUUCAGCAUCCCCGACCGCAUCUUCCUGGAGCAAACAGCGCUGAAGGAGCUGCUGUGCUUUCAGAACAACUUUAGGAGGAUCCCGGGAGCCCUCAGAGGCAUGGAGAACCUCACCCACAUCUACCUGGAGAGGAACAAGAUUGAAGCCGUGGCAUACAACUCCCUGCUGGGCCUGGGGAGUCUCAAGUACCUGAACCUCCAGGAGAACCGGAUCAACGUCAUCCAUGACAAUGCCUUCCAGGACCUCAUUCGUCUGGAGAACUUCUACCUGAACGACAACCUGCUGUCCGAUCUGCCCAGGUCCGCCUUCAGAGGCCUCAGCCGCCUCAAGAUGCUGAACCUGGGGGGGAACCAGCUGAUCAAUGUGUCCAAAACCUGGUUAAGUGACCUGGUUGAGUUGGAGGUUCUGUACCUGGACAGGAACCAGCUGCAGAACAUCGAGGAAGGCACCUUUGAGAAUCUGACCAGCCUGAUCACCCUCCACCUGAACAGCAACAACCUGACCACCCUCCCCUUCAGUGUCUUCCAGCCCAUCUACUUCCUGGGCCACCUGUACCUCUUCAGGAACCCCUGGGAGUGCGACUGCUCCCUGGAGUGGCUGAAGGACUGGAUGGAGAACUACAAGCUGGUGCGGGACAUCCCCUGCGCCUCGCCGUCCUCCGUGGCAGGGCUGGAUCUGAGUCAAGUGGUCUUCGCCAACAUGAACGGUACUUGUGUGGACCCGACGGACCUCAACCUGACCACGGCUUCCUCAGACUUCAUCCCCACCACGGAGAACCGCUUCAACAGCCUCAUCUCCAAGCUGCUCCAGCAGGAGCUGCGGGAGGAGACGGGCAACAGCACGGACGGCCUCCGCAACGGGACGCUGAUGGAGUCGGAGGAGGGGCAGCUCUCCGCAGGGGCGGGAGGGCAAGGCGCCCAGAGGAAGCAGCUGCUGCUGUGCUGGGCUGUGGCCUGGCUCCUCUUUGGUUUGGCUGGCCUCUCAGACGACCUUCCCUGCACAUGAGAGCUGCUCUGACCAGGGAAGAGUUUUUUGGGCCUAGUUGCAUGUCAGAGCGGCAAACACAGGCGUGAGGAAGGGCGUCCGUGCUGUGGCAGUGCUGCACCGUCACAUGGGAUUCAUGUGUUUACAAGUGCUACACGAGUUCCAGCAGAGCCGGUUUCAGGUGAAAGGCACACAGACGUCCUCAUUUCCUGCCAAAGGCUCUGUUUGGAUCGUGUCGUAUUAGUUUUCUACUCCUGCAUGUCAGCUGCAUUCAUUCACAUCUGUGUGUAAAGUUGAAGGAGAUGAGCGAUCUCCCAAACAGACCUUCUCGCCGCGCUUCAUUCUGCAGCUUUUCCAAUAAAUGCAUUCAUAUUCUUCUGGCGUGCAGCUCUGGGUCGCUGCUGCUGGCGUUUGCCACCACGUGACGGAGGCUUUGGCCUCAAGUGGACGUCCUGUUCUGGAGCAUCCGACGUGCAACAGCAAGAAGCAGUUGAUGGACGGACGGCGGGGGGAGAUUUCCACACUAGAUGUGUGCUCAUGUGGGGGCUUUCAUUUGCAGCUUGGUGUCCCAGGCCGUUGGUCCGCUUCUUCUCAGAAAUAAAGAGACGUCUGCUGGCGAUGCGCCCGCUCAGUCACUCGUUCAGCCACAGUUGAAGAGUUGACCGCUUUCCGAGGUGAGCUCGCAUUAAUCCCUCAGCCAUUACUGCUGGAUUAUAGGCCGGUACUUAGAUUACUGAGGGGGCAGCACACUCUCAUGCAGCUGUUUGUGUCCUGGAGUGCAGAUGAAAUGUAACAGAGACUCAAACAGCAGCUCUGGGCAGUUUCUUUUGAUGGCUUUUUCAUUCGUUUCUACAAAAGAAUUUUAAAAAAUUCAUUUUUAACCACCAUCAGCUUUAUUUCCAAGCAAAGAAAUUUGUAUUGAAAUGUUUUCUUUUCAAGAAUUUUCAAGUAAAAUCUGAAUAAAAAAAGCAUUAAAUGUUUGAAAGAGAGACAGAAAAAUCUGAACUUUUUAAUAGAAAAUGUAAUUGUGUUUUAUUCUGGACUGCAAUGAUCACAUCGGUUUUGUAAUCCUUCUUUCUUUCUUUGCCUUUAAGUAAAAAAUACUUACAAAAAGAAAUCAAUUCGCAGAUAUAUAGUACCUAGAGUGAAAAUACAUUUUUGGCAUAAAUACCCCCCCUCCAAAAAAAAAAAAAAAAAAAAAAAA